AUGGACACAGUGGACGUCAUUUGGCUGAAACGAACGAACGAACGAAUACCCAAUUGUUCAACAGAUGGAGCGACAUUCGAUUUCAUAAUAGUCGGUGCGGGUUCAGCCGGCUGCGUGCUGGCAAACCGGCUCACGGAAGACCCCGGUGUAUCUGUGCUGCUGGUAGAAGCUGGUGGAGAUCCUCCAAUUGAGUCUAAUAUACCGGCAUUAUUUCCUUUCGGCUUUGGAUCCCGAAAUGACUGGAACUACACUACUAAGCAAUGCACCGGCAACAAUUGUCACAUCAAUGAUGAAGAUCAGGGAGAAACCAUGACACUAAACGCAAAAAAAUAAAUAAUUUUGUCGGGCGGAGCAAUUAACACUCCACAACUGUUAAUGCUCUCAGGCAUUGGUCCAAAAGAACACCUAACAAGUUUAGGAAUAAAAGUUGUAUCCAAUCUUCCAGUAGGAGAAAAUUUACAAGAUCAUAAAGUUGUGGCAUUGUACCACACAACAGGCUCUGCACCGGCUCCCAUACCUGUGAACCCUCAUGAAUACCCUGAUAUCGCAAUAAACGGUUACGUCUCAUUUGUGAAGCCUCAAUGUAACCUUCCUAAAUCAAGAGGGCGACUACUGUUAAAGAGCACUAACCCUGAAGAAUAUCCAUUUAUCUACACAGAGACAUAUUCAGAUGAAAGAGAUCUUGAAGAUGUUGUCCGGUACCUGGAAGAUUAUUCGCGAGUGAUUAACACAACGUAUUUUAAGAGUGUUGAAGCAAAAUUCUUAGAGUUGGAAAAGUGCGGGGACUUUCCAGUCGGGUCUAAGGCUUACUGGCGUUGUCACGCUCGGUGCCUGGUGACCACGCUGUACCACCAAGUGGGCACGUGCGCCAUGGGCUCCGUGGUGGACAGCCGGCUGCGCGUGCGCGGCGUGGAGAGGCUGCGCGUGGUGGACGCCAGCGUCAUGCCCACCAUCACCAGCGGCAACACCAACGCGCCCACCAUCAUGAUCGCCGAGAAAGCCGCUGACAUGAUCAAGGAGGACAAUACCAUCCAAAACGAACCUUAAUACAUAAUGUGUGAUGUACAGUUUAAUGAACUAUAGAGGUUUUUGCUUUUCUUUGCGUUCUAA